UUUGUCUCUCGCCCGCCCCACUGCGCGUCGGAUUCAGCAAAGCCAUCCUUCUCCUUCAGUGACAAAGGAUCCAGCUCGUAGUCGCAGCCCAUCCAUGCCCCAUGCGGCCAUGCCUAUAUAUACUAUACUGGACGCACUCCGGCCCGGCGUGCUCGUGCUCGUCCUCUCCCAGCACCGUAACCACCGACAGAGCACGCACCAUGACGAGGACCACCACCAGCAGCACGCUGCUGACAGCGGCGCUGCUCUGCCUCGCGCUGCCGCUGCUCCCCGGGGCCACGGCCAAUAAGGCGGCGCGGCGGCGGCAGGGCGACAACCUGGCGCGCCUGCGCGGGUCGCCGUGGCCGGCCGAGUCGUCGGUGUCGCUGGCGGUCGCGGCGACGGAUGACAGAGCGUCCCGGCACGCGGCGUCGCCGCCCGCGGGGCGCAGCAAGGAGGACGACCGCGUGGACAAGCUGCCCGGGCAGCCGUCGGGCGUGGACUUCGAGCAGUACGCCGGGUACGUGACGGUGGACGCCGCGGCCGGGCGCGCGCUCUUCUACUACCUGACCGAGGCCGUCGGCGGCGGGGCGGCGGCCAAGCCACUCCUCCUCUGGCUCAACGGAGGCCCCGGGUGCUCGUCGCUGGGGUACGGCGCCAUGGAGGAGCUGGGCCCUUUCCGGGUGAAGAGCGACGGCAAGACGCUGUACCGCAACCCGUACGCGUGGAACAACGCGGCGAACGUGCUGUUCCUGGAGAGCCCCGCCGGCGUGGGCUUCUCCUACUCCAACAGGACGGAGGACUACAGCCGGAGCGGCGACAACAAGACGGCCGAGGACGCGCUCCUGUUCCUGCUCAACUGGAUGGAGAAGUUCCCCGAGUACAAGGGCCGCGACUUGUACCUCGCCGGCGAGAGCUACGCCGGCCACUACGUCCCGCAGCUGGCCCACGCCAUCCUCCGCCACGCCGCCGCCGCCGCCGGCAAGCCGUCGUCGCCCAUCAACCUCAGAGGCAUCAUGAUCGGGAACGCGGUGAUCAACGACUGGACGGACACCAAGGGCAUGUACGACUUCUUCUGGACGCACGCGCUCAUCUCCGACGCGACGGCCGACGCCAUCGGCAGGCACUGCAACUUCAGCGCCGCCGCCGCCGCCGCCGCGGGCUCCAACGACAAGUGCGACGAGGCGACGUCGGAGGCCGACGAGGCCCUGGAGGACAUCGACAUCUACAACAUCUACGCGCCCAACUGCCAGUCCGCCGACCUCGUCUCGCCGCCCAUCACCCCCUCGAUGGACAACUUUGACCCGUGCUCGGAUUAUUACGUGGACGCCUACCUCAACGACCCGGACGUGCAGCGGGCGCUCCACGCCAACGUCACCCGCCUCGACCACCCCUGGUCCGCCUGCAGCGAUGUCUUGAGACGCUGGACUGACAGCGCCGCGACCGUCCUGCCGAUUCUCGCGGAGCUCCUCAAGAACGACCUCAGGGUGUGGGUGUACAGUGGAGACACCGACGGGAGAGUGCCGGUGACUUCCAGCAGGUACUCCGUCAACCAGCUCCAGCUCCCCGUGGCUGCAAAAUGGAGGGCAUGGUUCAGCAGCACUCAGGGGGCCGGGGAGGUGGGUGGCUACGUGGUGCAGUACAAGGGCAAGGAGAAGGGCAGCCUCAGCCUGGUCACCGUGAGGGGAGCUGGGCACGAGGUGCCCAGCUACCAGCCAAAGCGAGCGCUCGUGCUUGUCCAGGGCUUCCUCGCGGGCAAGGCGCUCCCCGACUGCGAAACAUGCGAGUCGGGUUAAGCGUAGCUAGCGUUUGGAAGCAGCACGCAGCACGCAGCACACAAGAGAAGAGAGCGCUGUGCAACAGCAUGUACCCCCAUGCAUCCAUUUGAUCCAGUACGACAGACAAAGUCUGAGAUAGAAACAUACGCACGCACCCACCGUACCUUGCAGAAAACCAUGCAAAAAUGCAGUCAUACACAGAGCAAUCUGUACACGAAUGAAGAUGGAAUCAAACGGAUCUUUAAGC